CAAAAACCUCAUUUCGACCUCUCUUGAAUCUUAUUAUCAUCUGUUUCCUCCUUGCUAGGGUUUUCUUAAGGCGGCUACCAUCUCAAAACACCUAACAAGCAAUCAAUCAUGACGCUCCCAAACGAUGUUGAUUUGUUGAACCCACCAGCUGAAUUGGAAAAAAGGAAGCAUAAGCUCAAGCGCCUUGUUCAGUCUCCCAAUUCUUUCUUCAUGGAUGUCAAGUGCCAAGGCUGUUUUAACAUAACUACUGUGUUUAGCCACUCGCAAACAGUGGUGGUGUGUGGAAACUGUCAGACAGUGUUGUGCCAGCCUACCGGUGGUCGUGCUAGACUUACCGAAGGAUGCUCUUUCCGCAGAAAGGGAGACUGAUGGAAAUAGUGUUUUUUUGCUUUUGAUCUGGUAUGAUGACUAAGUAGAAGGUACUUUGGUAUUAUGGCUUGCAAACAAGAGUAAUGUUUUUGAUGUUUUUUUAUGCCGUUUUAUGUGGACAUGCAGCCUUUUAGUUUCAACUUAUGACUUUUGUUCGAUGUAAUGAAGUUGGAAUUUGUGUCAAA